ACAUUUUUAUAAAUCCUAAUCCCUCGUCGCCCGCAGGUGGUCGCCAUCAAUGAGCCGAGUGCCAACGCAGAGGCGAUUGCCCACUCGUUCAAAUAUGACUCUAUGCAUGGAAUGUUUCCUGGAGUCGUCAGCGUAAAGGGAGACUGUCUGAACAUCAACGGCAAAAUCGUUCAUGUAUAUAAGGAAGAGAACCCAGAAAACAUCAAAUGGAAAGAGUUGCCUGUUGAUUAUGUGAUAGAGUCGACCGGAAGAUUCACAGAAGUCAAAGCUGCCAAGAAACACAUGGCGACGGGUGUCAAAAAAGUUAUCAUCAGUGCUCCGAGCAAAGACGCCCCGAUGUUUGUAAAGGGCGUGAACUUCGACAAGUAUAAGAAUAAAAUGACUGUGGUGUCGAACGCCUCGUGCACAACCAAUUGCGCUGCGCCUUUGAUGCACAUCAUCAACAAUCAAUUUGGAGUGGAAUACUGUCUACUGACGACGGUUCACGCAAUGACCUCCUCUCAGCAGAUCCUGGACGGAGUGAAUCAAAGGUCAGCCCCCGGAAAUAUCGUACACAGCACGACAGGCGCUGCGAAAGCCGUGGGCAUUGUCAUUCCAGAAUUAAAAGGAAAAGUAACCGGCGAUUCUAUAAGAGUGCCUACGCUGGACGUGUCACUGCUAAAACUCUACAUAAUUGUUAAAAAUCCGGCGACACUAGAGAAUAUCAAGUGUGCAAUUUGGAAAAAUGCAGCUACAGUUGAAAAUAGCGUUGUAUCCUACAUCGAAGAUACAGAAAAUCUCGUAAGCUCCGAUUUCGUAGGUAGUCAAUAUUCAGCCAUAGUUGAUUUUAACCAAGUGUCGGUCAUCGGUGACAAAUUUGUGACAAUAGGCGCAUGGUAUGAUAACGAAAUGGGAUAUUCGAGUAGGCUGUUAGACCUCUACACUCACAUGGUAAAAAUGGACAAGAAUUAAUUAAUCGUACAAAAUUGGUAUGAACACAACGACUGAGCAGUGAUCAGUGAUAUCAGUUAAUAAAUCACCAGCAUUUAAGUAUUUUAUUGAAAGUAUUGUAAUGAAAACUCGAUCUAAGCACGAGUGUUGUUGACCCAUUGGUAAUCUCGCCAAGACAUUUAUAAAAGAAGAAAACCCGUUAGCCGAUAAGAAAUCUUGAUAGUCAUUAUAUUAUUUGUAUGUGUACCAAUUAUGUCUGUAUUCAUGUAUUCAGUUAUAAUAAUUAAAUAUGUAUCAAAA